AUGGCACCUGUCCCUCGCCGGCCUCCACCUACGCCUCUGAUUCUUCGACCAACACUGGUUGCGCCCUCAACGCCAGUUCCGGUCACAUCGUUCAUUCCUCGCAAGCUUUUCCUCCAGCUCUUCGCCGGGACCAUCUGCAUCUUUAUCGUCACCGUUCUUUUCUGGAGGUUCCCUAGCAUCGUUCGCUUCUUCACGAAGAAUAAGGUCCUAAGACAAGGAAACGCAGCCACGGCUCGUUACGCGAAAACCUGGUACGGCUGGGUGUCAUCUCAGAGGCACGAGUCCAACAAAUGCGCUCUACGGAAUUUUAUGGCCAAGCUCAGUAACUGGGUCCCCUGGAGAUCGUCGAGGGCGGAUUUCCAGUGGGUCUGGUGGGAUCACAGAAACCAAAAGCUCGGCCCCUGUCGAGAUGGAGAGGAGGGAACACUGUCCAAGUGGGAGAGGGGCUAUGGGUUCGUGCCACCCGAUAUCAUCUGGAACCCCGAGCGCGUCUCUAGUGAUGGUAUGGAGAUGCAUAGCCGCCCAAGGCCGCCUGUUGCCCGAUAUGCAACUGGAGCACUUUUGCCGCCUGAACCUCCUCAGCCUACCAUUUCCUCAAGAAUGCGGGCCACACGGACAAGCUUAUCAUUGCAGGAGUGGUUCGGUAGCACAUUUCCAGCAAGAUAUCCAAGAGGUCAUCGUCGCCCAAGGACGGACUUUUCCUAUGAUUUUGGUUCACACCCUGGAUUGCUAUUAGUACCACACAUCAACAAGAGGCUCAAGCUACUUCGCCAGUUGCCUCACGAUAGAGGCCCGAAUCGCGUUUCGUUGACGCCCGCUUUAAAUCACCACUCACUUCCGCAAAGCUUCUCCACACCAUGUCUUUCACAACUGGGUCACUUUUCGCCGCCGCGAGUUAUGAGUUCAUAUGCAGUCUGCAAGUCUGAAAGUGCUGGGAGCGACAAUUUCCCGUCAGGAUCCCUGGCAAUGCUUCAGCGCUCGCGUAGAUACCAGGUUUGGUCUGCUCGAAUGGGGUUGCUGACACUCAAGUGUCUCGGAUACAGCACGCAUACACUUCCAAGAGGUCCUCCUGGGACGCCGCAGUCUGCACUUCUUGGCAGCUUCUCGAUUGGUCACACUUCCGGUGGUCAGGUCAAUCAGUACUGUCACAGAAUCAAGGGAGAUUGUCCUUCGGACAUCAGUGAUCUGUCUCUCGGCAGUGGCGAUCACCUGUGCAGCCGGGGAAGACUCGCAUCAGCAAAAGGGCACAAACUUAAAAAUUAUGCGCCAGAUGGGCAACUCGUAUCAUCGUUAAGCGUUUCGUCGAGCCAACCGCUUCCUCCAGUACUCCAACCGCCUGACAAGAACCUUCAUACUGAUCGAACAAACUCGGCUGGAGAGGGUCCUACUCAAGAAGGAUCGAACACGGAAAGAAACGGACGCUGCAUAGUCCAGUUUAAAGACUGGAGCAACUGGGAAGUACGGCUUAUGGACAAUUUGGAUCGGAAAUUGGAGUGGCUUUCGGAUCAACUGAGCCCAGGGAAAAGAACGUUCCAUUUCGCCCUUCUCGCGAACCAUUGGUUGAAUACGGAAACUUGGAUUGUAUAUGAUCCGAUCUCUCGUGUCUCAAUUGACGCGCGGCGGCGCUUGGGAGACCCAAGAUUUAACGUUCCAUAUCCCAAGCCUCAAUGGAAUCCUCAGCCAAAAUAUCCCAAAGUUCAGCACCGGCUCGCCCAUACUCCCAAUAUCAAUGCGUGGAGGGCCGCUAUGAACCAAAAUAGAACAGCAUCCGGAUUGAGGAAAUUCAUAAAGAGUAUUGAGCUUUAUGAUAGCUCUGCGGAGGACCCACCAGAUGGAAUGGUCGAUCCAGCGAGCUGGGUUAUUCGAAAGCCACCACAGGGGGUCAGCUUGUCCGCUCGGCAAAUGGAAACAUAUUAUGAGGGUGGAACCGGCUGGCAGGAGAAAUUGAGCGACUGGCAGAAAAUUCGCCGCGGAUAUCGUGUUCAAAAGGCCAUCCACGAAGGGCGAGUGAAUCGGACGCGGGCGAAAGAGAUUGUUUAUGGUUUAACUCGUUAUUACCAACGGACGAGCUCGAGACUUCUUCGGCCUGAGAGCAGUGGAGAGUAUGGGGUUGAGCAGGUUCUCACAGAAGAAACGUCCUGA